AUGAUUUCUCCAAAAAUUUCUAAAAUUGAUAUUUCUCCGAAAAUUUCUAAAAUUGAUAUUUCUCCAAAAAUUUCUAAAAUUGAUAUUUCUUCUUCAUUAUCUAAACAACAACAACAAUCACCUUUAUUAUUAUCACAACCAAUUAACGAAUCAUCAUUAAAGAAAACGACAUCAACCAUAACUCCAACUGAAUUAAUAAUAAAUCAAUAUCAGAAUAAUCUUCAAGAUCAACAAUAUAGUAACGGCAGUGAUUUAUUAAUGACUCCAAUAACUACUCCAAUAACUCCUGUUUCUCUUCCAAAUAACAACGGUCCAACAUCAACGUCAACAACACCUUUACUAGCCAAUGAUUCCAUUGUCAAUAACAAAAGUAUUGUUAGUAACAAUCAUAAUAGUUCAACUUUUACCAGUAAUAGAAACAGCGAAAGUUUAUUAUUAUCAAUAUCAGAUGAAGUAUUUUAUAAUAUAUGUAAAAGGUUACCGCCAAACGAUCUGUUCGUGCUUGCUUCAGUUUGUAAAAAAUUUAAACGACUAUUGUCAUUUGGUGAUUCAAAUAAUAAAGUCGUCCAAGAGACUUGGAUGAUUUCACGACAAAGGUUUCUAAAAUAUCUUCAAAUGCCACCACCUGUUGGAAUGAAUGAAGCCAGUUAUAUAAUUUUAAGACAAUUGGAUAAAGGUUGUCAAUUUUGCCAUGAACGUGGAUUUGUUAGAAUUUAUUGGGAGUUUCGCGUUAGGUGUUGUAGUUUUUGUUUAGAUAAGAAAACAUUGAGGCAUGAUCAGCUUUAUAUCAAUUAUCUAAUUCCAAAUGAAGUGUUGGACGUUUUACCAUUUAUAAAUUACGGAGCAUCACAAAUUUAUUGGACUGACGAGGUAUUCUCAACAUACGAAAGGUAUAAAACUAUUGUUUGUAUUGACGAGCUACAAAAAUGGUUGGAAGCAAGAUUACAGCGAACUUUGGAUAUAAUGGAAACUGUUCCUUAUUAUGAACACGAAGAACUUUGUGAACAAAUGGCUAGAAUCGAACAACAAUAUCAUUACGCUAUGCUUAACAAUAAUAGUCAUAAAUUAUCAUUGGAGUGUGGUAAUGGUGGCGGUGGUUUAAUAAACGAUCAGUCUAUGCAUCAUCUUAAUUAUCCAAAUUACAUGAAUAUGGUUACAGUAAUAGUUCCAUCACAAUUAGAAUCACAUUGUUAUAACCAACGUCAAUCACAAAAUAAUGUAUCUGCAACUACUACUCCUAAUGCUAUCCUUGAAUCAAAAAAACAAUUAAUAUUUAAUCAAUAUUAUUCGUCAGCACCUUAUCCAUAUUAUAACAAUAAUCAUCAACACAGGAACAAUCAAUUUAUAACAAAUCCUUCUCCGUCACUACAUCGUCAACAUCAUUUGCAUUUACAACACCAAUUGCAUUUACAAAAUCAAAACCAACAUCAAUAUAACAAUAGUAAUCAAAAUCAAAAUUCCAUGCAAAAUCUAAAUCAACAAACGGAAGAAGAGAGAUCGUCAUCUUCUUCAUUAUUAGCAGCAACAAGAGUAGUAAAUAAUGACCAACAACAACAAAGAUACUUUUUACCGUCAUCUUCCACAACAACAAACUCGACUUUACCAUAUAAUAUUGUAGAUCAACAAUUGGCUACAGUGUAG